AUGUCAUCACUGUCCGACGAGGUGAUAUUGUUGGCCAUCGGACAUCAAACCACCCAGAGCGCGUGGAACGCCGUCGUCACCUCGCUGGCUUUGUCGUCCCAUUCCAGGUCCUUAAAUCUCUUCAGACAGUUGCUGUCCCUUCAGCAAGGACAUGCCUCAGUAGCGGACUACAUCGCAAAAGGUCGGAUCUUGGUCGAAGAUCUCACCCUUGUCGGACGGCCGAUCUCCCUUGAAGAACAGAACCUUUACGUUCUCAAGGGUUUGAGGCUGGAGUUCCGAGGACUGGCGUCAUCUCUCAAGGUUCGCGGACAGCCAGUAACCCACCAGGAGCUCACUGAUCUCUUGGGGACAAAGGAGUUUCUUUCCGGGGGUUAUAGAGGCUCCUUGCUGACAGCCUUUGCAGCGCAUCGUGGCGGUGACCAGUGUGGGCAAGGGGUUCAGUCCCGUGGUGGAGGCGGUCGAAAUUCCGACCAGAGCAGUGGGCAGUCCGGUCAAUCCCGCGGUAGUGGUGGUGGCUGGAACCGUGGUGGCGGACGUCGAGGCGGAGGCAGAAACAGAAAUUGGCAACCUAAAUGCCAAUUGUGUGCAACACUUGGUCAUACAACAGUUACGUGUCAUCUACGAUAUGCAAAAGACCCUCAGGCUAAUGUUGUAUAUCAGGAAUUUCCUUCGAACUCCACUCAGGGUUCUCAUAUUUGGCUUGCAGACACGGAUGCAACCGAUCAUGCCUCCCCAGAUAUAGCUGCCAUUUAA